AUGGGGCCCCCGGGCAAUAGGGGAUCAUGGGGCCCCUGUGUCCUUGCCCAAACUCAAGAAAGCCUAUGAAAAAGGUACCAGGGGCAUCUCAUGGGGCCCCCUACUGACCCCGGGCCCUCCCAGUGCCCGAGUUUCCAAAUGGUCAGUCCACCCAGGCCCUCGGGCAGUGCCCGAGUUUCCAAAUGGUCAGUCCACCCCUGCAGGGGCAGACUGACAACUCAUGGGGCCCCUGUGCAAUAGGGGAUUAUGGGGCCCCUGUGUCCUUGCCCAAACUCAAAAAAGCCUAUGAAAAAGGUACCAGGGGCAUCUCAUGGGGCCCCCUACUGACCCUGGGUCCUCGGGCAGUGCCCGAGUUUCCAAAUGGUCAGUCCGCCCCUGCC